AUGGAUUACAGGCCCCCUCCUCCUCCUUCUGGGAGAGCCGGUCUGCAACCCGGAUUUGGCUUGCCGGAAGAUUUGCUUUCUCACUUACCAAACAGGGAACUUACAUAUAAUGGAUAUACUGGUACUUGGUCGAAACUCGACCAUCCCGUUAGUCUUUGUUCUACACCGCCGCCAGGGUUUACCUUCCAGAAGUCGAAGUCCGCUGCCGAUAGCUGCAACCAACCCGGAGCUGUCAUUUCCCGAAUUGAAGAUGUCUUCGAGGCUAUGACAGACUGCAUUAUCGGCGAGAAGAACGAACUUGUCAUCCAGCUGAAAAGUCGCAGUAGAACUAAGCCCCAGGCAGAUGAUUCUGGAGCUACAGCUGCAAAGAAGCAAUCGAACCUAGAAUUACGAGCUAUUACUUUCCCUAGCAGAUCACCCCAGGAGGCAUGGAAAUUUACUGCCCUGCUCCGGAUUCUUGAGCUUUGCCAUGAAGCACUUGUCACAGGAACUGUUACCACAAAAAGGGAUAUAUAUUAUCGAGACCCAGAACUAUUCAUGAAGCAGGCUGUAGUUGACCGUUACGUCAAUGAUCUUGCGUAUACACUAGGAGUUCAGCGUGAUGCCCUGAAUGUGGUCGCGGCUGCUAAAGGCCUCGUGGUUGGCCCCUUUACAAUAACUAAAAAUGACAACUCGGUCGUUGAUUAUGGCUUGGAGCAUGAGGUUCGAUUGUUCCCUGUGCCCUUAACGAUUGAUUAUGGCCUCAUGGGAUCAGGGUGUGCCACAUUCCGCACACUGGCAGCAAGCGAAUAUUGGAUGCGUUCAAUAACAGGUCCAGGUAUCAUCAUCACGGCAAAAGGGUAUCCAGACAUCCAGACACGGCAGUUUCUCCAUCUCCUUUUCAUCCAGAAGCUAGAUAUCCCAAUCUACGCCCUCGUUGAUUUUGAUCCUGAUGGAAUCGGGAUAAUGUCCACUUAUAAACAUGGUUCCAUGGCACUUGCCCACGAAUCGGCGAACCUCUCUACACCUUCAAUCAAGUGGCUCGGUGUCCGAAGCUCAGACUUCCUACAAACUAGCAGUGAUGUCCAAGGAUUGCUGAAACUAUCAGCGAGAGACCGAAGAGUUGCCACGAAAAUGCUGGAGAAAGGGAUAUUUAAGGAGGAUGGAAGUGAAGUAGAGUGGAGGAGGGAGUUGCAGGUUAUGCUAAUGUUGAAUGUGAAGGCCGAGAUACAGAUUCUGGGGAACGCAGAGAAAUUGGGGGAGUGGCUUGAUAGAAAUUUGCUUGAAGGGAGUCGGUCGAUAUAG